AUGCCGACAGUCUACACCAAGGAUCAGGUGGCGGAGCACAGCCACAAGGAGAGUGGCUGGCUUAUCAUCCAGAACGGUGUGUACGAUGUGAUUGAUUUCUACGACGACCACCCUGGAGGUCGUGAUAUUCUUCUCGCUCACAUCGGCACCGAUGCCACGGAGGCCUUUGAGGCGGUAAACCACAGCAGGGGAGCCAUGCGCAAGCUCGAGAAGCUCAAGGUUGGCGAGCUGCCCGAAAACGAGCGUCACCGCUACAUCUCCAUGGAACAGGCCGCUGCCAAAAAAUCGGCUGACGGUGCGUGGCUUGUCAUCAACAACAGAGUGUACGAUGUAACCCCAUUUCUGGACCUGCAUCCCGGUGGCCGUGACAUCUUGCUCUACAACGCUGGCGGUGACGCGACGCAAGCCUUCACGGACAACGGGCACAGUGACGCUGCGUAUCACAUGAUGGGUAAAUACGUCAUUGGCGAUCUAGGGAUGAGUGAGCGCAAGACGUUCGUAAACCGCAAGUCUACAGGCGCGACGCAGAUGGCUCACGUGAGGAACAAGUACGCAUCCCUCCUCGCCCACAUUCAGGCGCAGCUGCGGCUGUUCCUGGCUCUGGCGCUACUCGUCAUCGCGGGCGUCUUCCUUCUCAGCUAG